AUGGAGUUCAGAUUCUCUACGGUGGUAGACCCUAGCACCUACCAAACCCAAGGGUUGUGCGAUGGCCUCACCGUGAGAUAUCACAAGAACACCGAGCUCGAGGAGAUCGAUUGUCUGAGAUGUCAAGAGCACUGGCGCGAGCAGGUCGGGCCGCUGGAGCUCUACAAGGGCGGAUUGGGUCACCCCUGGAGCGGGAUGAGCAUUGCUAUCCCCGAAGCCCUUCCAGAAAGACUCGGAAUUGUCUCGUACGCAAAUGAGCUUGCGUUUCUUCAUGAUGGUGGGUUCUUAUGUCGAUGCCAUGGCGACGAACAUAAUAACGAUCUCAAAGCAGCAUUCGAUCAGGUUAUCAGCACCGGAACUAUCAAGCAUGCCGGGUCUGGAAAGCGCGCGUUGCAGGCGUACGUUGCGAAACGGAUGCUGAGCAUUGAUAAAGACCGCGCAAUCACAUCCCUCAAGGCUUGGUCGACCUUCCUCGAGAAGGCAGGACGACAGGAGGACUACAGGUUCAAAACCGAAGACGAGUACCUGAAAUACCGGGUUCAUGAUGUCGGGAUGCUGUUCUGGUAUGGCCUGCUCACCUUCGCACAAGCAAUCACCAUCCCUGAAAAUGAACUGGACACCUGCCAUCAGCUUGCCACCACUGCAUACCUUCACAUGGCGUUGGUGAACGAUCUGGUCUCCUGGGAGAAGGAACGCCAGAGCGCCGCUGCCUUGGGAAAGGAUUACGUGACCAACUUCAUCUUCGUCGCCAUGGAAGAACAUGGGAUCUCCGAGGAUCAGGCCCAGGAACGAUGUCGUCGGGAGAUCCAAAAGGCGACCGUCGACUAUUUGCGAGUCUUCGAGGAGGUCAAAGCUCGCGACGACCUCUCCCCUGAUACCAAGCGGUAUCUGGAGUCGGUCCUGUACAGCAUGAGCGGAAACGUGGUUUGGAGCUUCCACAGCCCGAGAUAUUACACCGACGCAUCGUUCAGCGAGCGCCAGCUCGAGUGGAUGAAGAACGGCAUUCCCAAGGCACAGACGCCUGAGGGUGGGGCGUCCACUGUGGAUCCGAGUGAGGUCAAACUCCGCGAUCGCACUGUUAAUGGAGAUCACGCGGUGAGCAGUAAUGGUACUGGCACCGGAAGUCAUGACGCUCUUAAUGGAAAUGGCACUGCCAUUGAGAACAGCAGCCGGCAUGCUUCUAACCCGGGAAGAAAUACCAACGGGCUUAGCAACGGUGACACAAGCCUUCUGAGCGCGGUUCUACAGGCCCCAUACGAAUACAUCACGGCUCUUCCAUCCAAGGGGUUUCGGGAGCAUGCGAUCGAUGCCUUGAAUGUCUGGUUCCGUGUCCCGGCCGAGAAACUAGCCAUCAUCAAAUCCAUCAUCACAAUUCUCCACAAUGCGUCUUUGAUGCUCGAUGACUUGGAAGACGGAUCGGAGCUUCGACGGGGCAAAGCAUCAACCCACAUGAUCUUCGGGCUCGGACAGACGGUCAAUUCGGCCAAUUAUCAGCUCAUCCGCGCAUUGCAAGAGAUACAGAAACUGGGCGAUGCCAAAAGCUUGCUUGUAUUCACCGAGGAACUGCACUACCUCUACGUGGGUCAGUCCAUGGACCUAUACUGGACCAGUAAUCUUAUCUGCCCUUCUAUCAAUGAGUAUUUCCGGAUGGUCGAGCACAAGACCGGCGGUCUCGUCCGGCUCUUCGGUCGCCUCAUGGCCCUUCACUCGACGAAUCCCGUCAAAGUCGAUAUGAUCGACUUCUCCAAUCGCCUCGGACGGUACUUUCAGACCCGGGAUGACUACCAGAAUCUGGUCUCUGCCGAGUACACGAAGCAAAAGGGCUAUUGCGAAGACCUGGAAGAAGGGAAAUUCUCCCUCCCCCUGAUCCACCUCCUGCAAACCAUGCCCGAGAACCACGUCCUACGGAAUGUCUGGAUGCAGCGGCGCGUCCGCGGCACCGCGACGCACGCCCAGAAGGAGACGAUUCUGGAGCUGAUGAAACGGAACGGAAGCCUGCAGUUCACCGAGGACACGCUGGAGAUCCUGUACGGCCACCUGGAGAAGAGCAUCGGUGAGCUGGAGCGCAGGUUUGGCGCGGAGAACUUCCAAUUGCGGUUGAUUCUGGAGCUGUUGCGCAACGGGUAG